UGAUGACAUGUUCCCUUCAAAGUCUUAUUCACACAGCGGAAUUUCCAUGGCGGAAACAUCUGCCGUGGAAAUUUCAAUUCUGGCCUGUCAAUUCUUUCUGCGGGAUCCGCUCGGGAAUGCAUUGUCGUCUAUAGAGACGGCGCAUUUCAGAACGGUCCGAGCAUCUACAUGUUUUGCCAGCACCCGGCUGUUUGUGGAAUGUUCGGCCGGAAGUUUUUCUGGGCAAACAUUCUGCAAAAAUUUCGUCGUGUGAACAUAUCCUCGGAGUGCACAUUUAUUUCAGUAGGGGAGAGAGCUGCCAGAAGAAAAGAUUUGUUUCAGAUGGAAGGAAAAAGAGAGCCAUUCAAGUCCAAAGAUAACAACAGAAUUGUCUCCAAGAAAGAAGACAAGAAGGUGAGUCUGUAUAAUACAGGAGAGACUCAGGCCAAGAAAGAAGACUCCAAAAAGGAAGAAAAAAAGAAGAAAAGCCUCUUUGUAAGUUCCAAGCCAUCGGUCACUGACAAAGCUCUGACUACAGUGGUCAACUGCAUAUGGCAAAAAGAAGCCCCAGACAGUCCGAUCCCUGUGACAAUCAGCCCUUCCGGCCCCGUUUUGAAUGAAUGUUGGGAAGAAGAGCUGUGUGAGACCAUAUUGAAGCUGGACAUGCAUACUGAGCAAGAAUACGCCAUAGAUAUCUUCUCCAGUAUGAUGAAGAACCAGUCCAAGCACGUGCUCCGGGCGGGCGACAUCCCCAAGGCUGUGACCACAGAAAUGAGGGCUAUGCUGGUGGACUGGGUGGUCCAAGUUCAUGAAUAUCUGGGCCUUCAGGAGGAGACUCUUUAUCUAGCCGUGUAUUUGAUGAACUCCUACAUGAAGGUUCACAAAAUCCGAACAUGUCUUCUCCAGUUACUCGCCGCCAGCUGCCUCUUUAUUGCCAGCAAGAUGGAGGAGAGCCUUAUCCCUGAGCCAGCAGAACUAUGUUUCAUGAUGGAAGAUGCAUUCAGCAAGAAAGAACUUAUGAAAAUGGAGAGGAAAGUUCUCCAGCACUUGAGCUUCGAGCUUCAGUACACGCAACCCCUGCAUUUUCUGCGCAUCCUCUCUGUUACUGGGAAGUGUCCCGAAAAUGUUAAGUAUCUCGCCAUGUACUUUAUGGAGCUGACUCUCCUGGAGGCCGAUGGAGCAAUGAUUGAGCCGGCCCUUUUGGCAUGUGGUGCGCUCUUGUUGGCACAGAUGGUAUCCCAGGUAUCUGGAACCUUGACCCCUGAUAAUUUGGAACAACGGCCUCUCUACUCAUACAGUGAUGCAGACUUAAGCCUCCCCCGACAGCUUAUGGGGAGAGCAGCCCUCCGAGCCAAGUCCGACUGCAAAUCCAUCUGGCAAAAAUAUUCACGUUCUCAGAGACAUGGGGUGAGCAUAGGACCUGCCAUGGCCAAUACCACACACCUUGCCCACUGUAUAGGGUUAUAAUGCCCCCAAUUCCUGUGGAACGUUUUUGGACAUAUAAUGGAUAUUACCCACCAUCUUUGGAAAAUGUAGAAUCAUUGAUGUCAGAGAAUGAAGAAAUAAUACGUAAUCUGUGCUGGGAGGAAUGUUAUACCAAGAAAAGACCUGCACGAUGUAAAAGAUGAUAAAAAUAAUAUAUAUAUUUUAUUAUGUAAAACUUUGUGGUUUGGAAUAUAUAAAGUCUAUUUUUUUUAAGGUAUUAAUUUCUUGAAUGACAUUUUAGAAAAAUGUCUUGUGUGAAGUACGGAGCAGAUGCAUUUUAGUUGUGUGUAUUGCGGGUUAUGUACGGAGAGUGUGCGUGUUUGCUUUUAAGAGAGAAAUGUCUGUAGCUAAUAAUUUAAUGUAUGUACAUUAUAUAAAUCCUACAAAAAAGAUCCUGUAAAAAGCUAUGAACAGUGUGUUUAAUAAAGAGA